UCCCGGAGGCGUGGAUUCCCGGAACGCGCGGGUUGCGCGCCCCGCGGCGCCAGGCCGGGAAGUGGCGUGGAUCUCGACAGCGCCGCGCGGGAGGCGCCGGGGGCCCCGGAGGCGGGGCGGGGAGGGGCCGCCGGUGGCGGCGGCGCGCGGAGCAGACCGCAGUGCGGCCGGCGCUAGGACCCGCGGGGGCCGCUCAAGCUGCCGCGCCUCCCGCUCCCCCCACCCCGAUUCCAGCCCUUCCCCCCCAAAAUGAGGAAACGCAGCAACUUGCUCCAAGUUGUGCAGCCGGGGCCGCCUUGGGGUGCGCAGCCGGCGCGCGGGGGCACUCCUGGGGGCGGACACGGAGUGCGGCCCAGGGGCGACCCCUGAACAGGAGAAACUGCUUUUGCUUGCAUACCCGCGUGCCUGUGUCCACCUGUGUCCAAGCCCUGUGUGUUUCUGUGUGUUCUCGUGUGUACAUGGAUCAGUAUGCGUGGAAGCCCUCGCUUCCUCCACGCCUGGCACCCCUCACCCAUCUCAGCCAGGAUGCCAACAAGGCGCUGGGCCCCUGGCACCCAGUGCAUCACCAAGUGUGAGCACACGCGCCCCAAACCCGGGGAGCUGGCCUUCUGCAAGGGCGACGUGGUCACCAUCCUUGAGGCCUGCGAAAACAAGAGCUGGUACCGUGCCAAGCACCACGCCAGCGGGCAGGAGGGGCUGCUGGCGGCUGGGGCGCUGCGGGAGCGCGAGGCCCUCUCGGCGGACCCCAAGCUCAGCCUCAUGCCGUGGUUCCACGGGAAGAUCUCGGGCCAGGAGGCGGUGCAGCAGCUGCAGCCGCCCGAGGACGGGCUGUUCUUGGUACGGGAGUCCGCGCGGCACCCGGGUGACUACGUGCUGUGCGUGAGCUUCGGCAGCGACGUCAUCCACUACCGCGUGCUGCACCGCGACGGCCGCCUGACCAUCGACGAGGAGGCCUGCUUCUGCAACCUCAUGGCUAUGGUGGAGUAUUAUAGCAAGGACCAGGGGGCCAUCUGCACGAAGCUCGUGAGACCGAAGAGAAAGCAAGGCACCAAGUCGGCGGAGGAGGAGCUGGCCAAGGCCGGCUGGUUACUGAACCUGCAGCAUUUGACGUUGGGAGCGCAGAUCGGAGAGGGAGAGUUUGGAGCUGUCCUGCAGGGUGAGUACCUGGGGCAGAAGGUGGCCGUGAAGAAUAUCAAAUGUGACGUAACAGCCCAGGCCUUCCUGGAUGAGACAGCGGUCAUGACGAAGGUGCAGCAUAAGAACCUGGUGCGUCUACUGGGUGUGAUCCUACAUCAGGGCCUCUACAUCGUCAUGGAGCACGUGAGCAAGGGUAACUUGGUGAAUUUUCUACGGACACGGGGCCGGGCACUUGUGAACACCCCGCAGCUCCUGCAGUUUUCCCUGCACGUGGCCGAGGGCAUGGAGUACCUGGAGAGCAAGAAGCUGGUGCACCGCGAUCUGGCUGCUCGCAACAUCCUCGUCUCGGAGGACCUGGUGGCCAAGGUCAGCGACUUCGGCUUGGCCAAAGCCGAGCGGAAGGGGCUGGACUCCAGCCGGCUGCCCGUCAAGUGGACAGCACCCGAGGCUCUCAAGCAUGGAAAGUUCUCCAGCAAGUCGGAUGUCUGGAGCUUUGGGGUGCUGCUAUGGGAGGUCUUCUCAUACGGCCGGGCUCCAUACCCCAAGAUGUCACUGAAGGAGGUGUCAGAGGCCGUGGAGAAGGGGUACCGCAUGGAGCCCCCCGAAGGCUGUCCUGGGUCCAUCCAUGCCCUCAUGGGCAGCUGCUGGGAGGCUGAACCCACUCGCCGGCCACCCUUCCGCAAACUGGCUGAGAAGCUGGCCCGGGAGCUACGCAGCGCGGGUGCUUCAGCCCCCAAUGGGGGGCAGGACACGGACGGUCCCGCCCUGCCCCGCAGCCAGGAGCCCUGACCCUGCCCGCGGGGCUUCGGGCCCCAGAGGACUGAGAGAGUGGGGGGCUCAGGGUGGGGAUGCGGACCAGGCCUGAAGAGGGGCAGGGCCGGUGAGCUGCCUGCCCGGCUCGCACCACAGGGGCAGGCCCAGGGCGGGCACCCCUGGAAGCCCAUGGGCACCUUGACACCAGAAAGCGAACGAUUAGCGCCUGGAUAAAGACUGGUUCCAAGAA